GAUAACACUUGCAACUGAUCUGCCUGGUUUGCUGAACUGUCUGAAAGCAGAAGGCACCAGUGCUCCCAAUUUAAGACCGCCAGGCUUCUGUAAACAGCAGCGAUGAGGUUCCCUGGUGCAGUGUCCCCGCAGGCAGGCGAUGGUCAAGAGGCCCCCUUCUUCACCCAGCGAGCCUAAGGAGUCAAUGACCUGCAAAUACUCAUUAUGAAGAGAGAUCUGGUUUUCCUGGGGACUCUAAUUAGCCUGGUCUUCCUGUCCUUGCUAAGAUCUGGAUCGCCUCAACAUCUUGCAGAAGAGGCCUGCUCUGUCCAGAUUCUUGUCCCAGGCCUCAAAGGGGAUGCUGGAGAAAAGGGAGAGAAAGGGUCACCAGGCCGACCUGGGAGAGUUGGUCCUUCAGGAGAAAAAGGAGACAUGGGAGACAGAGGGCAGAAAGGCAGUGUGGGUCGUCAUGGGAAAAUCGGUCCUAUUGGUUCUAAAGGUGAAAAGGGAGACACAGGAGAUGUAGGACCACCAGGUCCCAGUGGAGAACCAGGCAUACCUUGUGAGUGUAGCCAGCUCCGAAAGGCCAUUGGCGAGAUGGAUAACCAGGUGGCUCAACUGACAACUGAGUUAAAAUUCAUUAAAAAUGCACUGCCCUCCCCCGCAGCUGUCGCUGGUGUGCGCGAGACAGAUAAUAAGAUAUAUCUGCUGGUGAAGGAAGAAAAAAGAUACAUCGACGCCCAGCUGUACUGCCAUGGCAGAGGAGGGAACCUGGGCAUGCCCAAGGACGAGGCCGCAAAUGGCCUGCUUGCCUCUUACAUCAAUCAAGCCGGCCUCACUCGAGUUUUCAUUGGAAUUAAUGACCUGGAAAGAGAGGGCACUUUCGUGUAUUCUGACCGAUCCCCCAUGCAGACCUUUAACAAAUGGAGGAAUGGAGAACCCAAUAAUGCUUACGACGAGGAGGACUGUGUUGAGAUGGUGGCCUCUGGGGGCUGGAAUGAUGUGGCCUGUCACAUCACCAUGUAUUUCAUCUGUGAAUUUGACAAGGAGAAUGUGUGAGGUGGAGGCCCCUCUAUUUAAUCUCAAGCAGGGUCUGACUAAGUCACUACUCGUUUAUAAAGUAAAAUUAUUAAUGCUACAGUCUCCAAGUAUCCGAUAACAUCAGAUAACAUGUACAGCUGUAAAUAUGAGAGAUAUUUCCAAUAUCAGUGUUUACUCUUCAAAAGGGAAGAGUUUUAGCCAGUCAGGGCUUCAUUCAUCUUAGCCUAAGAGAAUGUUAUGGGUUUAGAAGGAAAAGAAAAAUGUUUCUCAGGUUGCGAUUUCUGAAGUAAAGUUUUAAUAUCUUUUUUUACUUUAGUCAAAAUGUUAAUUGUGUGGAUGUCUCUCAGAAUUGUUCCCACUACGGGAAAAAAAAAGCCCUUGGCGGUCUCUAAGCUGUAAAAUGGAAUUUUAAAAUGUUACAAUAGUUACUCACAGAUAUUGGCAGUGGGGGCUACAGUCGACUAGCUUCCUUCUGGUUACUGUGGAGGGGGAAAAAGAACCCUUUCUUCCUUUUGCAGAAAUUACUGUCGAUGGUUUGAAAAUAUCACUUUUUAUUUCUGUAUGCCUGCUGGGCUUGAAUUGCCCCAAAAGGAAACAACUUUUCUGUGCUUCAAACUUGGAUUUCAGGAAGAAAAAAAAAUUAUUCCCAAAACAAA